UAUUUUCCAGCAAUGUGUGGAGGAACAUGGCGAUACCGUGGAGGCACUGUUGGAGGUGGACUACAGGCGCUACGAGUACAAGUGUACUAGAAACCAUAUGCGGUUUUAAUGGAAGGUCUGCUACGUUUACUGCUUUGUCUUUGCGAGGAACGGGGGCCGUCGCUGGCUCGGGAAAGGAGAGACUAUCCUCCAGGCCUGAAGACACAACGUCAAUAGGCAACUAUAUUCUGACAAGUAGGCACAAAUCAAGGUUGCUUUACCCCACACGAAAGCCUUGCUGCUGCAAAAGGAUACACAGUGAUGCCAAGUUGAAGGACCCGUUCACACUAGCCCAAAAAGACUUGAACCAUUUGUAUGAUGAUAUUAAAAAGGAGCUUUUUGUGUCCAAAUCAGAGCUGAAGUCCUUAUGUGACUACUACUUUGACGGGAAGGGCAAGGCCUUCCGACCAAUGAUAGUGGUGCUGAUGGCCCGGGCCUGCAAUAUUCACAGCAACAGAGACGGAGAUCUGCUCCCAGGUCAGCGGUCCAUAGCUAUGAUCUCUGAAAUGAUCCACACCGCCAGCCUGGUCCACGAUGAUGUCAUCGAUGGCUCGGACAAGCGGAGGGGGAAGACCACCAUCAACGAAGUGUGGGGGGAGCGAAAGGCCAUUUUAGCUGGAGAUUUCAUCCUCUCGGCAGCCUCCAUGGCUCUGGCCCGUAUCGGUAACAACACAGUGGUGUCAGUGCUGUCUCAGGUCAUAGAGGAUCUGGUGCGAGGGGAAUUCAUGCAGCUGGGCUCCAAGGAGAACGAGAGCGAGAGAUUCAAGCACUACCUCGAGAAGAGCUUCAAGAAGACUGCCAGUCUUAUAGCGAACAGUUGUAAAGCAGUAUCUAUUCUGGUGAACUCUGACCCAGAGGUACAGGAAAUAGCCUUUCAGUACGGGAGGAACGUAGGCAUCGCCUUUCAGCUGGUGGAUGAUGUGCUGGACUUCACAGCAUGCGCCAGCCAGCUAGGAAAGCCUUCGGCUACAGACCUUAAGCUGGGCCUGGCAACCGGACCAGUCUUAUUUGCCUGUCAACAGUUUCCUGAGCUGCAUGCUAUGAUUAUGAGGCGGUUCAGCACCACUGGAGACGUGGAUCGGGCCUGGCAGUAUGUCCUGGAGAGUGAUGGUGUGGAUCAGACCAACUACCUGGCCCAGAGCUACUGCCGGGAGGCCAUCCGGCAGAUCAGCCUGCUCAGGCCCUCCCCGGAACGGGACGCCCUCAUCAGGCUCACUGAGAUGGUCCUCACCCGCGACAAGUGAGCUCCCACCCCCAGGCUUCACUUCCUGUCCUGUGGAAGCACCCCCCCCCCAGGAUGAUGAUGAUGAGGAGGGAAGGUGGUUAAUGUUUCAUCAGUGACAUUCCCAGUGGGUCCUGAUGGAGCAUUGUUUAUGCAGCUUUUUGUACAUAACAUAAGUUAAAGGUGGAACUAAACGGUGCAUACACAGGUUCUUCAGGACUGACUUUUGAGUGAGAUUCACUGCUUCACAUUACCCAUGGCUUCUUUCUCUCCUCUGGAAAACCCUUAGGUCCUCACAGAAAAGAGUAUAUGUUAUUGACACCAGUGGUUUUUAAUGCUAGUCCUGUAGGACCCCUGCAUCUACAGGUUUCUGAACCAACCCCCCACCUAUUCUUCAAUUGAACUUUAACAAAGUGUUAAAAUAGCACGUCAAUGAGGCAUGAACACAGACCUAUAUGCACAGGGACCCUCCAGGAUCAUUGUUGAAACAUGAUUUUCAGUGUAUACAGGCUGUAUUUGGUCAUCAAAGGUGGUUGUUAUUACACGUGAUGCUUGGGGCGGGAUAGACCCUGCAGAAUCAUUGUAAUUCCAUGAUGAGUCAAGAUGGAGUAUCAUUAUUGUGUGUAUGGAUCUGUAUUAAGACCUUGCUCGAAGAUCCGCCCGCAGUCCGCACCGUAACGGCCAAAUGUCAAACGUUUGUCAGGGUGACUCUUGUCAAUUGGAGAAUGUUAUAUUGGAGGUAUUUCCUGUCACAAGUGCUUAAAGGUCCCAAACAGUCAUUCUGAUUCCCAUGUAACACUUUUGAGUGACUAAAACAUCACCCACAAUAUUUUAAAGUUUGAGAACAAAUGUUUUUUUCUUCCCUCAUGUCAAACUAACAUCAGGAAGUCCGAAAAGAUUGAGUCAGUGGGCGGGGAGCUAGUAGGCUGAGUGGGCGGGCGUUCCCAAGAACCGCCAAUGUCAAGCAACAUGGAUGCAGUGUUAGUGAGAUUAUCUCAAGCAAAUUUGCUGAAACACAAAAGGAACUCGAACAACAUUGAAAUUGCAUGCAACAUCCAGUCCUGUCAUAUAUCAAAUCAUGGUUUCACUAAUUAUUUGUUUAUCAUGUUUGGUUAUUGUAACUAUCAAUGUAGACAAAAUGUUGGCUAUAUAAUUUAGUGAGCUAUCCCAAAUGGAAUUGUCAGCACUGUUUAUCACGCUAGCUGGUUCACCUUGAACAAUUUCAUGUGUUUACAAAACAUUCGGAACUAUUUUCCUAAUAUUGAGUUGCAACCCCCUUUUGCCCUCAGAACAGCCUCAAUUUGUCGGGGCAUGGACUCUGCAAGGUUUCGAAAGAGUUACACAGGGAUGUUGACUCGAAUGCUUCCCACAGCUCUGUCAAGUUGACUGGGUGUCCUUUGCGUGGUGUACCAUUCUUUACAUUUUUGACCGUGAAAAACCCAGCAGAGUUGCCGUUCUUGACACACUCAAACCGCUGUGCCUGGCACCUACUACCAUACCCCAUUCAAAGACACAUACAUUUUUGUCUUGCCCAUUCACCCUCUGAAUGGCACACACACAAUCAUUGUCUCAAGGCUUAAAAAUCCUUCUUUAACCGGCCUCCUCCCCUUCCCCUACACUGAUUUGAAGUGGAUUUAACAGGUGACAUCAGUAAGGGAUCAUAGUUUUCACCUGGUCAGUUUGUCAAGGAAAGCGGUGAUCAUAAUGGUUUGUACUGUGAGACAAUGUUCUUAUCAAUGAUGUCAAGAAGUUAUACAUUUUUUGUUUGGCAUGUGUCUUAAUGUAAUGACCACUGCGUCUGAGUUGUGGGCAACCCAUCCCCUGCUUUUAUUCCAUCCUGGCUAAAGACAACUAACAUCGUAUUUGGCGACACGCUGCAGUCACAUUUUUGCACCAGUGGACUAGCUACCGGUACUUAAUUAAAUUAGGUAAGAGAAUAAGAUGUUACCGUUGGUGUAUUAAAAUGAGGCUUUUUGUGAUGUCACAAAUCCCGCCUCUUAAGCGUUUGACAUGGGGGAGAGGACCAGUAACUUUAUGAUCAAACUUGAUCAAUGUAGAAGCAACAUUCAUUUUUUUAUACUUUGAUCUGGUUUCAUCCAAAUGUCAUGAAAAACUGAUUUUUGACUGUUCGGGACCUUUAAUAAACCCAGGCCUUAACAUCCACAAUGACUGUGUGCUCACAUUAAAUGUUAUUUUUUAAAGUCAA